GCUCUGACCUCAGGUUACAGCUGCGCCAUCACUACCGAGGCACAUUGUUAUCGAUAGUGGAAUGCGACUCCGACAAACUAUCACUUUUCAGGUACACUGUGCGGUAACCUGCUUCGGGUCAAAAUCAUCAUGGCGCCAAUCGAACAAGACGAUGAGAUGCCACAGCUUUCCGGUGAUGCUCUUGCCGCCCUGAAAGAAUUUUAUGGCGAGCGGGAUGCACGACAAAAACAGUUUGAAGAACUAAAAGGUCAAGCCGAGGAUGACUUCGAAGGGAAAUUGUCCAUGGAUGCCUUCACGGAAGAUUGGAAUGCAAGUCAAUUCUGGUAUAGCGACGAGACCGCUAUGGUGCUUGCGCGACAACUUCUGGAUGGUGCGACAGAUGCGACAAGAAUAGCAGUCGUGUCUGCUCCGAGCGCUUUCAUCCAGCUGAAGAACCUACUUAAUUCGGGUGAAGUCAAGUGCCGGCCACAGAUCAAGUUGCUGGAGUUUGACGAGCGCUUUGCCGUGUUCAAGGAGUUUGUGCGCUACGACUUCGAAAAGGCAAUCCAACUACCAGCUGAGAUGAAGGCCUCGUUCGAUGUCAUCAUUUGUGAUCCGCCAUUCCUAAGUCAAGAUUGUCAAACCAAAGCUGCUUUGACUGUACGAUGGUUAGCUAAGUCAUGGACGCAAGAUUCUCUGCGUCUCAUUGUCUGCACUGGAGAACGUAUGGAGAGCCUGAUCACAGACAAACUUUAUGGGAAAGUAGGAACCAAGACGACCGAUUACGAGAUCAAGCACGCCAAAGGAUUGAGCAACGAGUUCAGAUGCUACGCGAACUUUGAGUGCCCCUCGUGGAAGUGGUCAAAGUCAUGACCCGCGAGAACACUGGCUAGCUAUACUUGAGAGGAUGAAUAUUUCUACAGACAACGCAGUAGUAUUUAUGAGCACACAAUUGUGAUGGGAAUAUACAUGUGAAGCAUGGCGGAACCAUCCCGCCAAAUAGCUACCCCACAUGUCCCUCGGUCAACCCCACUUCGCUCUCAAAGCAUAAGCUCGCUGCGUCAUCUUCAUUUACC